AUGCCUACUGACUCGCGCAGCCUGGGUGUAACUGGGUUCCAGGCCUACUGUACGAUGCUAGCAGCCAUCGGCAGUUUCAAUUUCGGGUGGAACAUUGGCUCAGUCAACAUCCCCGGUGACGUUCUUCAAAACUGCGUCACCGGACGCAAAUACUACGGGCCCUUUCCCUCCUGUAUCUUCGUCGGCUCCAACACCGUCUGGGGUGUUGUCGUCGGCUGCUACGCGCUCGGUGCCCUUGCUGGCGCCAUUAUUUCUAACCCCGUCAUUGACCGCAAGGGCUACAAAUUCACGCUCUCCUGGUUUGCCCUUCUCAACGUCGCUGGCGCUCUGUUGCUAUCUUUGACCACGAAGCUCCCCCAGUUUAUCAUUGGCCGUAUUGUAGUCGGUGUUGCCGCAGGUGCUGCGAAUAAUGCUCUGGCUACAUAUGUCUCAGAUAUAUCGACGCCGCGUAGUCGCACUAUUCUCGGCGGCACCCUGCAGUUUGCGUGUAAUUUUGGAAUCAUGGUGGACAACGCCUGCGCAUUGGGGCUUGCGGCGCCCCCGCGCUGGCGCAUUCUGUUUUCGAUCACAGGCGCGCUGGGUCUACUCAACUUUGUUCUGUUCCCAUUUGCACGUGAGUCGCCCAAGUGGCUAAUCUCUAAGGGCCGGAUGGAUGAAGCGCAUGAGUCUCUGAGGCGGUUCCGCAAGGGCGCAUAUAUUGAGGAUGAGUUUAAUGAGAUGGUCGAGAUUCACCGGGUCAACAGGGAGCGCACGGAGGAUGUGAAUGUAAUCCAGGUGCUUAAGGGCCAGACACCGGAUAAUUUGCGCCAGCAGUUGCUCGUCGUCUCCGGGCUCAUGUUUUUCCAACAAUUUUGCGGCAUCAACGCCGUCAUUUUCUACUCCUCAUCGAUCAUUAACAAGUCCACGAGCGGUAACCCGGCGAAUAUCCCGACUUUGGCUAACAUCUUGGCCUUCUUGAUCUCGGUGGCUGCCCUGGUUUUCACUUUCUUUGGCAUGGUUCUAAGCGCGUACCUUGGGCGGCGCACCUUGCUGAUGGGCUCGCACCUUUUGAUGGGUAUUUUUGCUGCCGUUAUUGUUCCUGGAACAGUGCGCGAUGUCGCAGCGCUGGUUGUCACCGCUGUGUUCCUUUUCAACUGCUGCUUCAAUCUCGGUGUCGGCCCCAUUCCCUGGGCAAUUGCCAGCGAGAUGACCCCUCGCUACGCCAUGACAGCCAUGUCUGGUGUCGGAACCGGCAUCGGGUACGUCAGCACAUUCGCCAUUGGUGUUAUUUUCCCGCCGCUGAAUAACUGGUGGAAAAACUAUACAUUCUUGUUCUUUGUCUGGUGGAACAUCUUGGCCUUUGUAUUCAUCUACUUUUUUGUGCCAGAAACUCGCGAUCGUCCGAUUGAAGAAACUGUGGCGCUGCAUUCGUGUGGCAUUCAUACGGUGCUGGGCAGAAAGUGGCAGACGGCUCCGGUGGAAGAAAAGAUGGAUGUUGGGCAAUUUGAGAGACGGUCCGGCGAUGAUGAAGAGGAAGGUAAACUGCUUGCCGAAGAGGUCGGUGACUCAAUCUCCCCCAUCCAUCACCCAUGA